UUUAGAGGCAGCGAGAAUGGGAGAAAUUAAAGAAAGAAAAGAGGAGCGAACGCUGUCGUUUAAAGCGAAAGGAAGUAGUGGUGGGAACGACUGGGACGACGGAGUUUAUUGUAACAUAAAAACGCUGGAAAUUCAAUUCGGAGGAAGGUGUAUCGAUGCCAUUCGAUUUGAAUAUGAAGGCAAAGAUGGCAACACAAUUACGCCUAAAAAACAUGGUGGAAAUGAAGGCAAACAAAUCAUUCAGAUUUGUUUGAAUUGUCCAAGUGAGUAUCUUAUAUCAGUUCAUGGGUACCAUGGCAACAUAUACGAUCGAAUUGGGAAUCCAACGAACGUGAUUCGAUCACUGAGUUUUGAAACCAAUGAACGAAGUUUGGGUCCGUUUGGGAUUGAAGAGGGAAUCAAGUUUUCGUUCCCAACUACUGGACUCAUCAAGAUUGUUGGGUUCCAUGGAAGGUCUGGUUGGUUCCUCGAUGCAAUUGGAUUCCACUUCCUUCCCAUCUCCAUUUCAAAAUGAAUAUAUAUACACUUUAUUAAAUAAAUAUACCAUUGCUCCCUAAUAUUU